GUGUGAACGCCCUACUCCAGCACUAUUUAAGCCAGAAGCUCCUGGUCCAAAUUCACUGCGAAGACCAGCAGCAAAGCUAGCUCUGCAGCCCCUCCAUCACAACACGCAAAUAUGAAGAACUUCAAUCAAGUGUUGGGUGUGUCGUUGCUUAUUGUCCUGCUUGGGAAGUCUCUCGGACAAAGCCAAAAUCAGGCUUUUAACGAUGCUGAGAAACUCCAGCUCCCUCAGUCCUAUCAGAUCAACUGGAUGAGCAACCUGAACGACAAUUUUUACCUGUCCCAACUCACCUUACCUGGCACCCACGACACCAUGGCACGGUACGGAGGUCCCGCAGUCGACUGCCAGGUCUGGACCUUGGAGGAUCAGCUGAAGGCUGGCAUUCGCUACCUGGACCUCAGAGCAUUCGCCUUUGGAGACUCGCUGCGCCUCAUGCACGGGAUCGUUUACGAGUUUUCUACUUUUAAAGAGGCCCUGGCCACCAUCAAGAAGUUCCUGUCCCAGUACCCAACCGAGACAGUCCUCGUCCGCGUGAAGCCAGAGUUGCUCAACAAAGAGAAUGUUCAGGGGUUGGUGGAGCAGGCCAUUUACAACGACCAGAACGUGUGGGUGUCCUCCACCGUCCCCACCCUCGGCCAGGUGCGAGGCAAGGUGGUGUUUGUGCAGAAAGAUAGCUUCAGGCUGGGUCUCCCUCUGGUGGAAACCGACACCAAGGGAGAUUAUGAGGUCACCCACAUCAAGCAUAAAGAGCAAGAGGUCUCUUCACACCUCAACCAGGCCUUGACCAAGUGUGGAGGAUCUUCUAUCAUUCUGACCUACUCCAGUGGCACGGGCAUCGGCACAUUCGAGGGCAUGUUCCUGACCCCCAAGAGAGUGGCGGAGAAGAUCGACCCAUGGCUCUACAGUUAUCUGGAAGUCUAUCUGAAUAACGUGCCUGACAUCUGCUUCGGUAUCAUCGCCAUGGACUUCCCAGGCCUUGAGCUCAUCCAGGCAGUCAUCAACUUUAAUCUCCAGUUAUAGACAGACUCUAAAUUGGCUUUUGCACUGUUAAGUAAAUGAUGAUAAGUUUCAGUUUAAAGUGCACGGCCCACCAGUAAAAAGCUAAAAACCUAGUUACUUUGUCUGCAUUGAUAAAACAAGAAACAUUUUCAGGGCACACCUGUUAUUGUACUGGAUUCCAUAUUAAAGUCUCAAAAAUGA